CUGCCGCCAUUGUGCGGCGCUCGUCCACUCGAAGGGUGUCAGCUGCGGCCCGCGCUUUGGGCUGUCGUCGUAGUUUCUUGGUUUCCUGUCCGCGGAGCCCGGCGGGACCGGGACUCCCGUCCGUGCCGGUGCGGGCGCCGGCAUGUGGCUAUGGGAGGAACAGGGGGGCCUCAUGGGCCCCUUCUCCUUCCUGAUGAUGAUGCUGCUGCUGGUGACGCGCAGUCCCUUCAAUGCCUGCCUCUUCACCGGCAGCCUCUACCUCCUGCUGCGCCUCUUCAGCUUUGAGCCGGUGCCCUCCCGCAGGGCCAUGCAGGUGCUCAAGCCCCGGGACCGCGUCUCCGCCAUCGCCCACCGCGGCGGCGGCCACGACGCGCCCGAGAACACGCUGGCGGCCAUUCGGCAGACGCACACGGAGGGGUUGGGAAUAGUCCACUUACAGCAGAGGAGAAAGCUGAACACUGGAGAAAGAACAGCUCUCUACCAGCAGGGAAGAAGAAAGGAAAUAGAUCUGGCUAAGAAUGGAGCAACAGGCGUGGAGUUGGACCUUGAGUUUACUUCUGAUGGGAUUCCUGUCUUAAUGCACGAUAGCACAGUAGAUAGGACAACUGAUGGCACCGGUCGAUUGUGUGAUUUGACAUUUGAACAAGUUAGGAAGCUUAAUCCUGCAGCAAAUCACAGAUUAAGGAAUGAUUUCCCUGAUGAAAAGAUUCCUACCCUGAGAGAAGCUGUUGCAGAGUGCCUAAACCGUAACCUCACAAUCUUCUUUGAUGUCAAAGGCCAUGCAAAUAUGGCUACUGAUGCUCUAAAGAAAGUAUAUAUGGAGUUUCCUCAACUAUACAAUAAUAGUAUUGUCUGCUCUUUCUUGCCAGAAGUUAUCUAUAAGAUGAGACAAGCAGAUCAGAAUGUAGUAACCGCUUUAAUUCACAGACCUUGGAGCCUUAGCCAUACAGGAGAUGGGAAACCACGCUUUGCUACUUUCUGGAAACAGUCCAUGUUUGUGGCAUUGGACAUUUUGCUCGAUUGGAGUAUGCAUAAUAUCUUGUGGUACUUGUGUGGAAUUUCAGCUUUCCUCAUACAAAAGGAUUUUGUAUCUCCGGACUACUUGAAGAAGUGGUCAGCUAAAGGCAUUCAGGUUGUUGCUUGGACUGUUAAUACUUUUGAUGAAAAAAGUUACUAUGAAUCCCAUCUUGGUUCCAGCUAUAUCACCGACAGCAUGUUGGAAGACUGCACACCUCACUUCUAGACUUUUCCCCCAGGGAGGAAGCACGGGUAGAGAAACUGCCUGCUGGCCUCAUGGAGGAAUAUCAGCACACCCAAGCCCUUGCGGGAUCAGGUGGCUCCCACAAGCAGUAGUCGGUGACUGGGUAUUUACCUGAACCAGAGCAAAACCCGGUGUUGCCGCCAUGCUCCAUGAAAUGCCUGAGUUCAAAACCGAUGCUCUUGAAAGUCUGGGUCUGCAGAAAGGCACAACACUCUUGCCCCAACCUGAGGCACGCACUGAAGCCCGGUGAAGAUAAGCACAGACUGAAUCGUGCGCUUUGGGGGUGCAGAUGCAAAUGCAUGGGAAACGCAUGAUCACUCAGAGUUGACGUUUUAAAACUUGACACACUUACAUAACUUUACUUAUUUAAAAUAUUUGUAUCCAGCUAUGUUAUCAAUGUACUGUAGACAUCAAACUUGUGACCAUACUAAUAAAAUCAUUAAAAGGAGCACUAAGGGAAAA